AUGAGCGUCAUGUCCACGGUGGACUUGUCGCCGGGAACUCCGCCGCCGUCGCCGCCACCGGGCCAACGCGGGUGCUGCACCUCCGGAGCGACGCUGGAGCUGGUGGUCGCGUUCACGGCGGUGUGCCUGGUGGUGUACGGGGUGAUCCUGUACAUGAACUACCUCUACGUGCGGUGGAGCGGCCGCGACGGCGUGCACCGGACGGACUCCGGCGCGGGGCUGCCCGCACGGAAGAGGCCCGCGGGUGGGAUAGACAAGGCGGCGCUGGCGGCCAUGCCGGUGCUCAGGUUCAAGGCGGACGCGCACGGCGGCGGCGGCGACUCGCCUAUGGAGUGCGCGGUGUGCCUGAGCGCCAUGCAGGACGGGGACGCGGUGCGAUCGCUGCCCGGGUGCCGGCACGCGUUCCACGUCGCCUGCGUCGACGCCUGGCUCUGCGCGCGCGCCACCUGCCCCGUCUGCCGCGCGCGCCCCGCGCUCCCGCCGCCGCAGCAGGCGCCCAAGGCCGGCGCCAAGGUGCCGGGGUCCUCCGGCCGGCAGCCGGACCUGGACCUGGAGAGCCAAGUGUAG